GGAGAUCAUCCAGAAUAUUCUACUGUUUAUCAUCUUUGUGGAGGAGCUCCCCUCGAAUCGAAAGAGAGCACUAUCUAGCUAGUAGCUAAUUUAAUACAAUUCCACUUCAUAUCCAUCUACCUAAUUACACCAUUGCUUAUUAGCUGCAACAAAUUCUUCCCCCUUCCCCCCCGUCGCUUCUCUCCCUCUCCACCUGUCGCUUCUCUCUUCUCUCUCCCAGUUUCAGAAACCAAAAGUUCUACCCCCUCCAAAUCUCUCCUCCCCAUCCGAAUCUAGGGCAAACUUGACCCCCAGUCUUGGACAUGCGUCACGUAUAUAAAACAUUGGAGUCUGCGACAGUUUUCGGUGAUUGCUUCCCACUUCCAUUCUAUUCAACGUACCCCGCUUCGCUUCUCUUCAUUUUACUCUGCAAUCUUCAAACCCUUUCUAACCACACACAAAACUCAGCUUGCAGCCGCUCCUCAGCAGCUCGCCACCCACCCAGCGGCCAGCGGUGCAAUCACCAUACACGAUUAGGUUAGAGAGCAAUGUUCAGAAGCGUGCCUUUGCUUUCUAAACUGCACCCUCGAAUUGGCAAGCAGUAUCAUCUCAAGAAUUCCGUUAGAUGGUUUCAUGUACAGAGCUCCUCUGAUCUAGUCAAUUGUGAAAUUGCAUCAUAUUCUGAACCCAUAUAUAACAAUUGCCGAGAAUUAAUCAGUGGUUGUCUAAGUGGAUUCUUGCCAAAGACAUAUUCUACAUCUUGUGCUACCUUGUCGUGUGAUACUCUGAAAGAUAGUCCUGUUUCCGAUAUGUUAGUUGAUUCAUUUGGGAGGCUGCACACCUAUUUGAGGAUCUCCUUGACAGAACGUUGCAAUCUGCGAUGUCAGUACUGUAUGCCAGCAGAGGGUGUGGAGCUCACUCCUGGCCCUCGGCUACUCUCAAAGAAUGAGAUUGUUCGACUGGCAAAUCUGUUUGUGAGUUCUGGAGUGGACAAAAUUCGUUUGACAGGGGGGGAGCCAACCAUUAGGAAGGAUAUUGAAGAAAUUUGUCUGCAUCUAUCUAACUUGAAGGGACUGAAAACGUUGGCCAUGACUACAAAUGGAAUUAUUCUCUCGAAAAAACUUUCAAAACUGAAAGAAUGUGGACUUUCUGCCUUAAAUAUCAGUUUAGACACAUUAGUCCCAUCAAAGUUUGAAUUCAUGACUCGGCGCAAAGGGCAUGAAAGGGUUAUGGAAUCAAUUAAUACUGCUAUAAUCCUUGGAUACAAUCCUGUGAAGGUCAAUUGUGUUGUAAUGCGUGGAUUCAAUGAUGAUGAGAUUUUGGAUUUCAUAGAGUUAACACGUGAAAGGCCAAUUAAUAUUAGAUUCAUUGAGUUCAUGCCUUUUGAUGGGAAUGUUUGGAAUGUCAAGAAACUUGUACCCUACUCUGAAAUGCUGGAUAGAGUGGUAAAAGAGUACCCAGACUUAAAGAGACUUCAGGACAACCCAACAGAUACAGCAAAGAAUUUCAGAAUAGAGGGGCAUUGCGGUACGGUUUCUUUUAUAACCUCAAUGACUGAGCAUUUUUGUGCUGGAUGCAAUAGAUUACGACUUUUGGCAGAUGGGAACUUCAAAGUUUGCUUAUUUGGUCCUUCAGAGAGCAUCCCUGUCCCCAAUGCUAUUUGGACCAAAGGGCAUCUUGUCUCUCUGUACUAAAAAAAAAAGUGGAGGUGAAGUAUUUGAUUCAAUCACUUAUAGGUGGAUAAAAAAGAAAUAACUGCUGUGAGAACUUAUUCAUGUUCGCAGGUCAUAUGCUUUUGUUAUCUUUUAUUAAUCAUGUAGCUUUCAUGUAUGCUGAUGCUUUUCUUGCUAUAAUAUAUCUGACAUGAUAUGCUGUGAAUACUGUUAUGGGUGUGCAUGAGAGUGCACGGUACUUUUACAUGUACAUGUAUCUAUCGAUAAAAAGGGGUAUUAGUUGAGAUAGUUUUGUUGAGUGGAUUUUAAAGCCAAAGCCAACUUUGUGAAGUCUUGAAUUCUUAAUUUUAGUUGGAAGAUAAAUACUUAAAGCUCUUCAGUAUGAGGAAGGUUUCAUACCUUGUCAAGUAAUUUUGAGGCAUCUUCAUGCAAAAACUGAUAAAGUUUGUUAUCCGAUAAACUAUUAUUGUAGCAAGAAAAAUGCUAAUUGUACUUAAGAAAAAUGUACUUCUCCACGUGUUAGCUAUUGAUAUGCUCAAAAUUAUAAAAUUUAAAAUUCAAAAUUCAAAAUUGUGAAUUUCAAAAGAAAAUUGACAAAAUGAGUCUUUGUUUGUUAGUACAUGUAGCACUACUCUUGUAACAAUACAAGGAUGACCUAAACCAUAUCUGAGCCCACACUUCAAAAGGACCAGUCAAGAUUACAAUUAAAGUCCUUUGGAAUCAUUAUUAAAGGCUUAAACUUCUCCCUCCCAAACAAUGUAGGAUCACAUUCAAGAUCUGGGAUAUUACAAUCUCCCCCUUAAAUUCUCGACGUCCUCGUCGUGUUAUUCCAUUAUAAGUGACACAAUUCAAAUCCCACGUCUAGUUGGGAUUGGCUCUGAUUCUAUUUUUAACAACCUAAGAAAAGCCCAAGCUGAAUAUGAGCCUAUAUUCCAAAAGAACUGGUCAAAGAUUACAAAUGAAAUCCAUUGGGAUCAUUAUAAAGGGCUUGAACUUCUCUCUUUUAAGCAAUGCGCAAUCCCAUUCGCCACUUUCCUAUACACAAUCCGGGUAUUAUAAUUAUAGUCAUGAUUAAACUAUCGUGAAUGGUUUAUAUGUUUAUGUGAUUGUAAAUGAAACUGGGUGGAAUAACUUUCUGCAUUGAACUAACUGAUAAGGUAAGAGGUGAAUUAUAAUUUUUUCUGUGCCUAUUAAAUAUACAUGAGUUCGUUGGACUUCUUUCCUAUAUGCACCUAAUGAAGUAAUAGAUCACUGAAGUUACAUGUUUUAGUGAGCUACUCAGUGCUAGUGUGUAAUAAUUAGUAAACCUUUUCUUUUUCCCAUGAUGGAAGUUUUAGCUGAAUUAUUUUACAUUUUAUUUACAAUAUAAAUCUAGAAUGCAGUUUACUUGUUAUACUAGGUUGGCUUAAGAGAUCCUCUUCGCCGUGGUGCUGAUGAUCAUGAGCUCAAGGAAAUAAUUGGGGCAGCGGU